AGGAACAAGAAGAAGGCAUCGAGUUCGCAAGAUUCCCCUAAUCAGACGAGACUUCGACGACACUUCCGACGAGGUACUGUCGUUGCACGAUCGGCAGCUACGUUCGAUAGAGUUCUACGACAUGGAGCAUAAACCAAAGUAUUUGGCAAACAAACGUGGCACCACAAGACACAGAUUUUCGGGGAGGACGCGAAGAGCCGCGACUGCACGCAAGGAACGUGUAUGGGAUCACGGGGUGAUCCCGUACGAGAUCGAUGGGAAUUUUUCCGGCGCUCAUAAGGCCCUGUUCAAGCAAGCCAUGAGACACUGGGAAAACUUCACUUGCGUCAAGUUCGUCGAGAGGGUACCUCAGGAGCAUCCAAAUUACAUACUCUUCACGGAAAGGCCGUGCGGAUGCUGCUCGUUCGUCGGGAAACGAGGGAACGGUCCGCAGGCAAUAAGUAUCGGGAAGAACUGCGACAAGUUCGGUAUAGUGGUUCACGAAUUGGGCCACGUGGUCGGUUUCUGGCACGAGCACACGAGGCCGGAUCGCGACCGUCAUGUGCAGAUCAUCCGUGACAAUAUCAUGUCUGGUCAGGAGUACAAUUUCAACAAACUGACGGAGGAGGAAGUGAACUCUCUCGGCCUGCCGUACGACUACGACUCCAUCAUGCACUACGCGAAGAACACGUUUUCGAGAGGGACGUACUUGGACACGAUCCUGCCGAUGGAGGUUCAUGGGAAAAAGCGGCCUGAAAUUGGCCAGAGGCUCCGGCUCAGCGAGGGCGAUAUCGCCCAGACGAACCUUCUCUACAGAUGCUACAGAUGUGGCAGAACGUUUCAAGAGAAUAGCGGAAGUUUUGGAUCGCCGAUCCAUCCGAACAAUUCGCCACCGGUGGAGGGAGAACGAUGCGAAUGGAGGAUCACGGCGACUCACGGCGAGCGGAUAGUUCUGAACAUCACGUCGCUCGACAUAUUUAAGAGCAAUUUUUGUCGCAGCGACUACUUGGAGAUUAGGGACGGAUACUGGUUCAAAAGCAACGUGUUGGGUCGAUACUGCGGAAGCGGGAAGAUCCACGAGCCGGUGGUGUCGACCGGAAGUCGAAUGCUGGUUACGUACGUGACAUCGAGCCAUCAAACGGGCCACCAUGGAUUCACCGCGAGCUACGAGGCCGUUUGCGGCGGCGAGAUCGAAGUGGAGGACACUGGCCAUUUGGAGUCGCCCAACUACCCGGAGGGCUACCAAUCGAGCAAGGAGUGCGUCUGGAAGUUGUCCGUGCCGCAGAACUUCCAAGUGGCGUUGAAGUUCCAGUCGUUCGAGAUCGAGAACCACGACAAUUGCGUGUACGACUACGUGGAGGUGCGGGACGGUCAUAACGCGGACUCGCCGUUGAUCGGGGUUUACUGCGGUUACAAGAUACCGCCGGACAUUAAGUCCACCGGCAACAAACUUCUGGUGAAGUUCGUUAGCGACGGCUCGGUGCAGAAGGCUGGGUUCUCGGCGACGUUCAUGAAAGAAUUCGACGAGUGUGUUUUGAUCGAGCACGGCUGCGAACAUAAUUGCAUCAAUACUCUGGGUGGAUUCGAAUGUUCCUGCAAACCUGGCUACGAAUUACACUCCGAUGGGAAGCACUGCGAAGAUGCCUGUGGCGGAGUAUUCGAGGAUAAAAACGGAACUAUCACGAGCCCCUCGUUUCCGGUAACUUACCCGGGGAACAAGGAUUGCGUCUGGGAAAUUAUAGCGCCACCUCAGUACCGUAUCACGCUGAAUUUCACGCAUUUCGAUUUAGAAGGGAACAAUGCUCGUCAACAGGAUUGCGAGUACGAUUCUGUGGAAGUGAGCAGCAAGCUUGGAGACGAUCUUUUGAGAAAACAUGGGAUUUUCUGCGGCUCGAGGCUACCAUCGCUAAUUAUCUCAGAGGGGAACUCCUUAAGAGUGACUUUCACGUCUGACAAUAGCAUUCAGAAAACCGGUUUCGCCGCUGUUUUCUUCACGGACAUGGACGAAUGCUCAAACAACAACGGCGGCUGCCAACACGAGUGCAGGAACACAAUAGGCUCUUAUCAAUGUUCGUGUCAUAACGGUUUCACACUUCACGAAAAUGGACACGACUGCAAAGAAGGCGGUUGCAAGUACGAAAUCGUCGCACCAAUGGGUACUAUAACAUCGCCCAACUAUCCAGACUAUUAUCCCGGUCUCAAGGAUUGCGUCUGGCACUUUGUUACCAAGCCAGGACAUCGUAUUAAAUUAAUUUUCAAAGUUUUCGAGAUGGAAUCCCAUCAAGAAUGCAACUACGAUCAUAUCGCCAUUUAUGAUGGCGAUUCACCGGAUAGUCACGUUCUGGGCAAAUUUUGCGGUACCAAAGAGCCACAUCCAAUCUUGGCAACUGGAAAUCAGAUGUACAUGGUGUUUAAGAGCGACGCUUCCGUCCAGAGGAAAGGUUUCCUUGCAACCCACAGUACUGCUUGCGGCGGCCACUUGAUUGCCACGACCGAGGUGAAGCAUUUGUACUCGCACGCGAAGUACGGCACCCACAAUUACGAUCACAGGACCGAUUGCGAUUGGGCGAUCGAGGCACCGCCCGGCAAAAAUGUACAUCUCACGUUUGUCACGUUCCAAUUGGAGUCAGAAAGCGACUGUAAUUACGAUUUCGUUGAAAUCUACUCCGGUUUGGACACGUCCGGCCUUCUCUAUGGACGAUAUUGUGGAAAUAGCAACACCACCGAGUUCAUAUCGAUAAACGAGGCGCUGCUAGUAAGAUUCAGAACGGACGACACGAUAUCGAACAAAGGUUUCAUGGCGCUGUUCGUCGCGGUUGACCAGGACAACGGAGAAAAUUACGGAGGUUCGGAGGACGAGGACGCGGACGAGGAGAAUCUCUGAUCCGUAACAGGCCUCGCCAAUCGAUUGGGCUACGGAUUCCACAUCGGUUCACUCUUGCAGAAUAACGAUCAAGGUGAAGACGAGUAAACGUUUCAAGCGUUUCGGUGGAGUACCCGUGGCCCUUGGCAGUCGUGAAUCUUGCUCGAUCGUCGAGGCCGUGAAUCUUGUUCUGGUCAUGAAUUACGCGUUCAAACGAGGCGACUAUUAUCGAACGAUAAUGAUCGAUCUCUGGACUUGAAGAUUUGUAUUUGACGAUUAACGGGGGAACGAAGCAACCGUUGCCCAGAGUUAAUCCCGAGGAGUGUCUCUGCAUCAAGGAUAAUUUAUUCCGUCAGCGAUGGCGUUAGUUAACGGCUUAACCAUUUGGAUUAGCGAUGUACGACCCUGAAAUUCGGCCUAGAAUCAAGGCCAAUCGUGCCAUUGUAUGUUUAGGUAGAGCGCAUUAUACUGUUAACUACUAUGAAUUCAACAUCCAGUGAGAAACAGCAGGUUCAAGAAGGAAGGCGAAACAGCACACCAUCCGGUGUUGCCGAUGUGAUUUUCUAAUAUUUAAUCGAACAGUAUCUUCAUCGGUGUACGGAAUUAUUCUAAGUAAUCGAUAUCAAUACAAUGAGAAGGCAUAAAAGAAAAAAAAAGAAAAGAAAGAAAGAAUCGACGAGAGGAACAAACAUGAUCCUGAAUUUUGAUCGAAGUUGUUCUCUCAAACACUGCCCUGUACCAAAUGAAUCAAUCAUUUCUCGAGUUUUCUCUCGACUAUGUAUAAUUCUUUCGAAUUCUCUUCUUUUCAUUUCCUUUGUUUCCUUUUCCUCUUUUUUUUUUUUUUAAAUGAAAAUGAUACUUUUCGAAACGUUUUCUUAAAAUAUACGCGGAUAAACGAUUGUAACGUCGCCGUGCAAGAAUAUCGAAAGAAAAUGAUCGUGUUUCGAGUCGAACGAAAACGAGAAAAAUAUGAAAAGAAAUUUUUCGUUCGAACCUGUUCGAUGGAAAACCUUCCAGACAAGUCGUGCAAAUAUUUGAAAUAAUCUAGAUAUAAAUUUAGAUAUAGCGCUGAUCGAUCCUGAAGAAUCAGCGAUAGAGAGAUGUCGUGGCGAACCUCGAGCGAAACUGAUCAAGCGCUUUCGCGAGGAUCUCGCCCAGCGUUUAUUGUACAUAGAUAAAGUUUAGAUGUAGACGUCGUGCCGUUUUAUAUCGUAGUCAUAGGAUCGAUGACGAAAAAAAUGAAAUGUCUCGCUAUCGUGUGAAUUGGUGGAUUUCUCAGACGUUUCUCAGACUCUGUACUUUCGCCUGCGUUUCGCAAUGAGAUAUUCACAAAUAACUGCAAUAACAGACGCAGUAAUUUGUUGCGGAAUAAUAUGGUUUCAACGAUGCCAAUCGACGCAUUGAUAGACAUAUGUUAAAUUAAUGAACUAGACAAUAGUAUCUGAUUAAAAUAUGUCACUGGUAAUUUAUUCAGAAAGUACAGCAUAGAGCAACUAGAGAAAUCUUUAAUAAUUAUAUCGUAGAUAUUGAUACAUGGUGGAGUUGCGACUCGAGUAUUGGACACUUUAUAUUAAAACUGCAGUUUAAACGGUGAGAAAACGUAUUAAAUUUAAGAUCAGGGACGUAUCCUAUCGAAUUCAUCGAAGUACUCGUGUUUCUAACAAUACGAAACAUUGUCCUUUGUACACUGUUGUACGUGUUUAAGGAAAAUGAUACCGAGCAAAAGAUUAUUCUCUAAUGGCCAAAAGGUUCGAUCGUUGUUCGAGUAUGCUUAAAUUUCCAAAUUUUUGGCAAUUUUUCUACGUGAUUCACUGCCCGAUUUUCACGAUGGUGCACAGAGAUAUAAAAGAAAGAAAACACGAUAUAUUCUUACUUUGAUAUUAUUUUUAAUUACAUUGCACAAUGAAUACGGCCUAUAUCAAUUGGAAGAAUACCUUUGUACGUAAAUACAACUAAAAAGAUAUGUGACUAACUUGGAAUUUCUUUUGCAAGUGUACAUGUACGAGCGAGUACGCGCAUAAUGAUCCUUCAGGAAGAAAA